AUGAAGCUAUUCAGACCUCUCUACCACUAUCCCCUCCCCCCUUACUCCAAAUUCAUAUGCCCGAAGAAUGAUUGCGGUUGGAUCUUCAAGUGCUAUCCUUCCUACCUAUAUCACCUGGAGAGUUUUCAUCCUGGCGCGCCGUUUAUCGAGCCGAAGUACCAGGCGUUCAUCCCUGGCUACGCCAACGAUCCUGCCGAAAGAGAGGCUCCGCUAAGUGAGCAGACCAACGCAGAGGGCGCUAGUGUCGAGCGGGAUCAGACCAAUUCUGAGGGCACCAAUAUCGAGCAGGAUGCGGUGCCCUAG